GCGGCCUUGUCACCCUACGGCCACUGGCACGUCGAGCAUAGGCACAGGUCGCUGCGACUCAUGUGCGCGGCUCUAUGCACACAUGAAUAUUCUAAUCCCGCCUGUCUCGAUUGUUCUUGCCUCAGUUGUGCCCUGCUGUCUGCUGAGGCCUGAGGAUCCUUGUCGACUCGACGCGCCGACGAGGAUAAUUAACUCGGCAGCAACCUACCCGGUGUCCAAAGUUCGCGUCCCCUAAUCCCCAUCCUUCGAGUCGCUCAAACGGCCAACUAUCCCGGCGUUCGCACGCUUAGACUCCGAUGCAUCACCCUGCUUGCUGCUGCGGCUUGCACAUAGACCUCUACUACUACACUCCGCAUGGAUACCUUGCUCUCCUGGAAUACUGCGGCAAUCGCUUUAGGUGCUGCUGGUGUCAUCGCUGCGCAGCUCACACUGUAUCGCUCGUUCUUCCAUCCGCUGGCAAGAUUCCCUGGACCAAAGCUUGCGGCGGCGACAUACUGGUACUCAACGUACUACGAGGUAUGGAAGGAUGGGGCACUGAUUGAGCACCUGGAAGAGCUGCAUAAGCGGUACGGACCUGUCGUUAGAAUCACUCCAAACGAGCUCCAUUUCAACACACCUCGAGCAUAUGCAGACAUCUAUUCGAAGGGCAUUCGUUUCACGAAGGACCCGCGGUUCUACGGCUUCAUGCGCGGGGACGAGUCCUCUUUCUGGAUGACGGACCCAGAGAAAUCCAAGACACGACGGGACAUGCUGCUUCCUCUAUUCUCGCGCCGAGCAGUGCUUGAUAUGGAGGACGUUGUGCUGCGCAAGGUCAAGGCUCUUGUCUCAGGGAUUCUCACGCAUGAGCAACGCAACGAGCCCGUGAACAUGCUUCGUGCCUACCGUUGUACGACACUCGACAUCAUCCUCUCCUACUCCUUUGCCCACGACUAUCGCGUACUGGACGCCCAGAACUUCGCGCAUCCGCUCGUGCUCGACUUCGAAAGGAGCUUCCCGCUCGCACUUGUGCUCAAGAGCUUCCCCUGGCUGCGCGAUGUCGGCGAGCUUGCCGGAGCCGCGAAACACGCGCUCUUCAAUUCCACAGACGGCCUGUAUGGCGAUAUCGCGCGCACGACGGCCGUGCAGAUCGACGAGUUGUUGGAAGACCCGCACCGCCUUGAUCAGUUGGCGCAUGAGACGGUCUGGCAUCGCUUCCUGGCGCCACAUAAUGCAAAAGGAGCGCCUGAUGGUGUGCGGUCGUCGCGGAAGACUAUGAUGGAUGAGGCGAUCAACUUCUUUGCAGCUGGGAGCGAUACCGUCGGGAACACAUGCACCAUGGGGACGUGCUUCAUCUUAGCGCACCACAAUGUACACGAAAAGCUUGUGCGGGAGCUAGAGGAGGCCUGGCCGGAUAAAGAGACCGAGAUGCGUUACACGCAGCUGGAGAAGCUACCUUAUCUCACUGCAGUUAUCAAGGAGUCGCUGCGCAUGUCGCACGGCGUCGUCCUCCCUGCGCCGCGCGUCGUCGGUCCUACAGACGCCGUGAUUGAUGGAGUCUCGGUACCUGCUGGCGCGGUGGUCGGUAUGGGCUCGACUUUCAUGCACUACAAUCCGGACGUCUUCCCGGAUCCGUACAUAUUCAACCCUGACAGGUGGCUACAGCCCGAUACCUCGGGGCUCGAGCAGCACCUCGUCGCAUUUUCUAGAGGCCCAAGAAGUUGUCUUGGGAUCAACCUCGCAUGGUGCGAGAUGUAUCACAUUCUCGGGUACAUGUUCCGCCUAGUCGACAUGCGGCUCUACAACACGACGCUGGAAGACAUGACAUUCCGAUGCCACUUUACGGUGACGACGCCGAGGGAUCGUAUGCUCCACUGCCUUGUUCGUGCUCGUGAGUCAUGAACAGGUGGGUCCGAACGCUGGGAGAAGUGAGGGAGGCAGCUAAAUCUCUGAGCACGAAAGCUGUGGAUCGGUCAUGCGUGUAAAACGGAGCAUUUUGGAGAUGUCAAGCUGACUCACGUUGCAUGCAGCUCUAUGAGGCGUCUAUGUCCUCUAGCGCGUCGGGAUUGAUGGGUUCGCGCAGAGGGGGACAUUGCUGCCAGCACAAAGCCUCAUACUAUAGAUCACUCAUUAUUCCCACGGCAGCUUGCCCAGAUAAAAUAUUAUUGCAUCAAAUGCACACGUCCCUAGUAGGGACAGCUAUGGCUGGAGAGCGAAGAUGCUAUAGUACUAGUACGGAACGCACAGCAAGCAAAAGCAGCACAAAGACAACAUUUACAGACGCGACUAUCAAUACGCAUGCACAGUAGCAAAUAGACAUAAUGUUAUCGCUCACGUUACCAAGACAAUUCAUUAUACCUUUCGAAAUAAAAACGCGGCGAUGGUCGAGCAUUCGACUCAACAUUCUAACCGACCCACUAAGAGGCGAAAUCUUCGGGCAGCGUCUCUGGCAUUCCACCGCGUUGUUCACCAUGAACUCGGAAGCGGUACAAACAAGUAAAGUCCUCGCGGCCCCAGUUGUCCUUGACGAACAAAACGACGGCACGGAAGUCUACGCCGAGCUCUCGGACCUCCUGCGGCACAGCGAACGUCUGAACAUGCUGGGGCGCAUAGAUAUUGUACAUGAAUUCCGCGAUCUUCACGUGCAGCAGCGAGCGGGGGAGCGUCUUCGGGUAGUCCUCCUCGGGCGCGGCGUGCUCUUCGCCAGCGCGCUCCGUGAAUGCGUGUGCUUCCGCGUGCUGAGCCUUCCAGGCUCUGUACUUCGCGAGGUUCUCGUUGCCGUCAAUGCGGCCCCAGAGCUCCAUGCGCCGUGGUGCCAUGCGCAUGUCCGUGGCGACCUCCUUCGCGACGUGGUCGACGGUGACAUCCGUAAUGUGCACCGGCACGGGAAGCAGAACGCCAAGCUGGCCCUGAGUGCCAGGAAAUGGCCAACAGUGCCCAACGUGCGUCUCGUGGGUGAGCGCGGUGACGGAAGGAUGACCGUAUACAGGAGGGUCGUCGAACAGGUUGCUCAAGAGGGAGAGAAGACCCUGCGGCUCCAUCUUGAAAGUAUCGCUGGUGAGGGUGGGGAUGACAUUCGCUCCGCCAGAGUGCAGUGCGAAAUCUGGCCAUGCGAGUGUGUCUUUCGAGAGCUUAGACAGCUCCACUACCGCACCCUCCACCGUAUGGACCUGUUCCUCGAGCUCGUGAAGGCGGGCAGUGUCGACGGAAAGGCUAGCCAAGGCGUUCUCCAUACGAAGGAGCCGCGCCGACACUUCCGCGUUUUCCGUUGAAGGGAUGUUAUUUGGGGGAUGGAUGGACAGGGGCGACAACAGACGUGGUGAUAACAUGAGGCGACCCGAGAUGAGCACAGACCAGGCGACAUGUAGACCGAGGGCAAUCGUCGCAUACUUGCCCAGCUCGAGAAUGAAGGAGAAGACAGCGCGAACACCGAGUCCCACCAUAACACCAAUGGAAAACAUCCACGAAGACGGCACUUGAGCACUUCUGCUUAGUGCGGCAGGUUCGUCUUCUUCGAUGAUCGAGUCAAGAAUUUCGCGGAGGCGUUCCAAUCCCGAAUCAUCGUCUUCAACACGCAAUGCAUUGUUACCGAUGCCUGGAGGCGGUACCGGAUCUGACAAUGAUGACAGUAGAGCUCGUGUAGGCUGCUGUACAGAUUUGAG